AUGGCCGAAGUCAAAACGUUCACCUUAGAAGAGAUUGCCACGCACAAUGAGAAAAAAUCCGUCUGGAUUGUCAUCCACGAUUCAGUCUACGAUGUCACCCCUUUCCUCGAUGAGCACCCUGGUGGAGAAGAGGUGCUCAUUGAGCAAGCCGGUAAAGAGGCAACUGAGGCUUUUGAAGAUGUUGGCCACUCAACCGAUGCUCGGGAGAUGAUGGCCAAAUACAAAAUUGGCGAGCUUUGUGAGGAGGACAAACAAAAGACGAAGAAGGUCGAGGUAAUUUAUAUUUUCCAAACGUUUCUCUAUUUCCUCCUCUAA